AUGACCUAUCUGAUCACCGACUACUCUGGCGAUCCCGUCACUCUCGACGACAACCUCGGCCUGCGCCCUCGCGCCUGCGCCGUCUCCGGCCUGCGCCCCUGCGCCCGCGCCAUCUUCGGCUCAGCGCCGCCCAUCAUCCAGCUCGCCCUCUCCAUCGCCACCUCCAUCUUUGUCGUCACCGUCGACUUUGUCCACUACUUUCUCACUGCCGCCCGCCGGCUCGUUGUGUGCGCUCGCGAGCGGUUCACCGCCGCUUGCGCUCUCUCUGCGGCCUGCGUGGCUCGCGCCAAGACUCGCAUCGCCUUCGGCUCCGGAGUCUACUGCGUUUUCACCAUCCUGCUCACCGUCACCCUCGCCGUCGCUGUUUCUGGACCAACACCAGUGCCAGUCCCCGCAGAGCCGCUUCCAGACAUGAUCUCCAUCAACGGCGCCUGCCAUUUUGCGCUCACCAGCUCCUCUGCAUCAGCACAGCCUCCAGGAAGGCCGCCAGGCGCUCCCGGAAGGCAGCCCGAUGGAUGGUUUACAGCCGUCCUCACAGGGGGCGCAGCCCCCGACCCGGCUGCCGAGGCACCAGCCGAGGCUGCCAUACAAGAGGACGAGGCGACAGCCGAGGCCACUACCCAGGGAGCCGAGGCGACAGCCGAGGCCGCCGCCCACAAGGCCAACCAACCAGCUGAGGCCUCUGCCCCAACGGAGGCCGAGGCGCCAGUCACAGCCGCCCCAGCCAAGGCGCCAGCCGCCGCCGCCACACGCAAGCUCUGGUGGAACCUUUUUAGAAUUUGCAACAUCAGCGCCGUCGCCGUCGCUACCGUCGAGCAAGGCAUCGCCUCUGUCAAGUGCGAUGACUCGGCUCGCACGGCCGGCGCUCUCCUGGCCGGCGCGCGAGACGCCUGCGCCGCCCUCGACUACGACCGGACGCGCCCUGCCGCAGCCUCCGCCGUAGCCGAGCGAUCGGCCAGUGCCUCUGCCGCCAGUGCCAUCGCCGUCGGCCGUACCGUCGAGCAAGGCAUCGCCUCCGACAAGACCUUCGUCUUCGAGCGUGAUGCCGCGCCUCGCACGGCCGGCGCCCCUCGGGCCAGCGCGCGAGACGCCUGCGCCGCCCUCAACUGCGACCGGACGUGCCCUGCCGCAGCCUCCGCCGUAGCCGAGCGAUCGGCCAGCGCCUCUGCCGCCAGCGCCAUCGCCGUCGGCCGUACCGUCGAGCAAGGCAUCGCCUCCGUCAAGACCUUCGUCUUCGUGCGUGAUGCCUCGCCUCGCACGGCCGGCGCUCUUCUCGCCAGUGCUCGAGACGCCUGCGCCAACCUCGACUCCGAGCGGACGUGCUCUGCCGCCUCCGCCGGAGCCGAGCUCUCGGCCAGCGCCUCUGCCACCAGCGCCGUCGCCGUCGGCUCUACCGUCGAGGACUCAAGUCUUGCCUUCGUCUUCGAGCGUGAUGCCUCGCCUCGCACGGCCGGCGCUCAUCUCGCCAGUGCUCGAGACGCCUGCGCCAACCUCGACUCCGAGCGGACGUGCUCUGCCGCCUCCGCCGGAGCCGAGCUCUCGGCCAGCGCCUCUGCCACCAGCGCCGUCGCCGUCGGCUCUACCGUCGAGGACUCAAGCAAAAAAUCUCUCAAAAAGAAUUCUCUAUGCGACGGUGUAUCAUUCACUUUCGAUGCCACCGUCGUUGCAUACUUUAUCCGGAUAUGCAACGGUGGCAUAAAAGGGUACCCAGCCUCCGGGCCGGUGACGGUGAGCCUCGAGACUGUCCCGGUGGACCCCUUGCCGAGCGAUUGUGAGGGCUUUCCGGAGGUCGUUAUCGGCGCCAUCGACCGUGAUAUGUCUCGUCCCGCUGCCCUCAUGCACCAGGGCAAUGGGCCCAUCAGUAGCAGGCCCGAGCUGUCCCGAGCCGCGCUUAUAUCGGCCGAUGCACUCAUGCAGCUUGAUGCAUGCCUCAACUAA